CGAUAUAAUGUGCGUUUAACAGUGACAGAUAGAAUGUUGUACUAGUGGUUUUAGUGAAACCAAGAAAUUGUGCUGCGAAAAGUGGUUGCUGUUUAGAGAAACGUCGGAGAAAACCACCCGGACACCCGCAAGACUUCGCCAUGGAGAACGUCAAUAAUCUGCAGCUCCCGAAACCGACGAAACCGGUGAAAAAUGCUACAACAUCUCCACUUAUUUCACCGGUCAAACAACCGACGCUUGGGACGAAAACACCGUCAGGCUCUGCCACCGGCAACCCACGGAACAAAACGGCCCUGAAGCCGGGCCACUCGCUGAUGGACUGGAUCCGGUUGGGUAACUCGGGUGUCGAUCUGACCGGCACCGGUGGACGCGUACAGCCGGUAAACCACGCGGAACUGGCCCAGCACAAUCGACCGGACGACGCCUGGAUGGCGAUCCGGGGGAAGGUUUACAACGUGACGCGCUACAUGGACUUUCAUCCGGGAGGACCCGAUGAGCUGUCGCGUGGCAUUGGCAAAGACGCCACGAAGCUGUUCGACGAAGUGCACGCUUGGGUGAACUACGAGUCGCUGCUGGCCAAGUGCUACAUCGGGCCGCUGCGUACCACGGUCACCAUCACGCUCACCGAUAGCGGCAAACCGAACAGCAAACUUCCUCCACCGCCGCCCUCCUUCCUGGCCGUCAAAUCAACCGUCCCCGCCCAAGCCAACGCGCCAACGACUGGCACGUCCGACGACGACGGCCAGAGGACGAACAUCACGGUCCUGCCCGGGAGCCUCUCGAACGCCUCGAUCGUCAGCUCCGACAGUGACGAUUCGUUGAAGCUUUCCAUUCCGAUCGUGCCGCGGUUCGAUUGGAUCCAGAAGACGGCCGAUCUGACGCUGGUCUUCUACACCCGCACCCUGGCCAACCCGGGCGUGAUCGUGGAGUACGGGGAACGGGAGGAGGACCCGCUCACGGUGACCAUCCUGCUCGAGGCCAGCACACAGUAUCGCUAUCGGUUCCGGUUGGCCAACCCCGUUCGGUGGCCCUGCGCCGUGCGCGCUUCGCUGGAAACGGGCAAGAUCGAGCUGGCGUUCACCAAAGCAAUCCCGGCCCUUUGGACCGGGUUCGGUGAGAUGGAGCACGAGCGAAAGGAGAACUGCGAGAUGCGGCUGCACGAGUACGACGUGACGACGAGGCUCGAGAUCACGCACGACUCCUGUGCGCUGCUGCUGAAACCCAAGAGUGAUCGACUGCUGAUGGUUACCCCGGUCGGGUAUCACGUGUCCGUGUCGGCCUCGAUCGAUGGAGAGUACGUGUCGCGGAGCUACACACCGGUGCCGGCCAGUUGCAUCGGAACGGACUGUCCGACCGGUUCGGUGCCGUUGCUCGUCAAAUCGUACCCGGACGGAAGCCUCUCGAAGCACCUAACACGGCCAGUUCCACUGGCCACGGCGCUGCAGUUGUCGCAGCCGAGCGGGAACUUUGGACUGUGCAAGCUGCGCCAUCACAAUCGGUUCGCGCUGCUGGCGGCCGGCAGUGGACUGACGCCAAUGGUGGCCUUACUGAACUAUCUGCUCGACCGCACCAGCAACCGGAUAGAACACAUCGCCGUGCUGUACUUCAACAAAACCGAAGCGGAUAUCUGGUGCCGGGAGAUGCUGGAAAAUUUAUGCAAAAAGGACAAAAGGUUGACGGUGGUACAUUACCUGUCGGAAACGGAACAGCCACCGGAUAUUGCUGUGCCGGACGUUCGCGCGCAAACGAGGCCGGCCUACGCCCAUGGCCGCGUAACGCUCGACAUCGUCCGCCAGCUGACAAGCGUCGGGUCACCGUUGUACGCGAGUUACUGCUGCGUCUGUGGCCCGAAACCGUUCAAUGAGCUGUGCCUGCAGUACUUCGCGCAAACGGAUCAUAACCCCAAACAUCUGCACUGCUUUCAGGGUUAGGCUGGCCGAGCCCGAUCGCGGCGGUGCGCUGCAUUGUGAUAGAGAGAAACACACAGAGCAACAACCGCGGGAACCAUAUUGAGUUUGGGCCGCAUGUGGGUUCGAAAGUAGAACAUAAGCUUUUUAGGUCACGCCACACUAGGAGCUGAAGCUGUAGAUUAACCACUAACCACUAGGAACCAAUUCGGAACACCAGAAGCACCAAGCGUAGUGUAGAUCGUCGCCGGAUUCGGCAUUCACUUCACGGUAGUCGCACUUUGUCGCUGUACUAUCGUUUGAGGGGCCCACCACAAUCAUCGUUUCUUGUUGUUGUUGGCAGAACGUUGUAUUAUUGUUGUUGUGUAGCGGAGAAGUACGAACCGAAAAGGGCCACAAUCGAACCAAACACACCCAUACACACACAGGAGGACAUACGGAUGCAACGGAUAUGAUAGAUUGGACGGGAGCUGUUUUUGUAAAUCAUUAUCGGAUACAAGAUGAUAGACUUGCCUUUCGGUUCUAAGACAGCGGACGUCUCUACACCUUAUGUUCACCAGUUCUAAUAGUUCUUUUAUCGCAAACGGCGUAUGCAAUACAAAAACGGGGGCCACAGCCCCAGAGCUGACAGAGUAUACUCAACGGAGCCCCGAUCGACGGUUUCGUUUUCGUUAUUCGACUUCAACAUGUGUUACCCCGUGGGCCACUGAUAUUUUAUCGGAGAAUCGGAACCCCUUUACCCCCGCAGCCAAAACACAGUGUAUUAUUACCG